AUGGAGAGUCCAACAACAACGGCUCGAUCGCCUGAGGACGAGAUCAUCUUCGAAAAAUCGGCAAAAGUCAAACAAUGGGUAAAAAAUCGAAUGAAAGAGCUCGAGGACCAAAACGAACGUUUACGUCUACAAAACCUACGAUGUACGACACAGCUGCAGAUGUUGAGGAGUUUUACUGAGAAGAGCAAACAGCUGAAAGCGGAAAUGGCGAUGAGCAGGAGUAUUACGGGCACAUUGCCAGUGAUGCGAGACAACGAGAAUCGUACAUCGGACGAUUCUGGUCUGACCAGUGAUGACACCAGUGAACGACGUCUCUUAGGUACAAGUGCUAUUGAAUCAACACCGAGGCAGCAAAGGAAACCAGUUCGACUCCGAAAAGAAUCCAGUGAACCGGACAAGGGUUCGUCCACUUCGGACUCCUCACCAUGGGAGGAGAAAGCAAAGCCUAUACCAGUGCCAAGAAAAUUGACCGGAAAUAAUAAUUUUAUCGAACGAGAUAGUUUGAAUUCUUAUGCUGAUGAUUACGAGUUUGACGUAGAGGAUGAAAUUUUCGAGGAGAUUGCAUCACCUGCCGAUAAGGAGGGAAAUCACAAAUAUAGCGGAUAUGUGAAUCUUUCCGAUUUCGUAGCAAUCCGUGACGAUAAGAACAUUUACACGGACAUUGUGAAACCGCCAGUCGAACGUCCUGCACUUCCCGAGCACAAACCGAAAGCCUGGGAGUCGAGACUGCUUCACUUGGCUGCCGAAUGCCUGUCAGUGAGUGAUUGCGUAGCUGAAUGCGAUGUGCCAUGCACUUCGGCUUCGCCGAAUCAUUCGGCCAACAAUCUCGGGACUGAUUCUCCAUCGUCACGACGUUCCUGCGGUAGUAAACUUUCCGUUCGCUCAUCCCCAAGGGCCCUGUCGCUGGCCUGUUCUUCACCGAUUACACCUGAAGGUUUAUACGCUGUACGAGAUGUACCUAAUAGUGAAAAAAGAUCUGACGACGGAUACUACACACCGCCAGAUGCUUCACGUCUUAGCGGUGACAUUCGAACAUCACUAAUACCUUCGUUCGAUACGAUGGAAAAAAGCGGUUACUGGAAUCAAAUGUCCGAUUCACGAUUGAAAUCAUUGAAACGAAGAUAUGUAGUGCUAAAGAAUAAUCAGCUCAGCUUUUAUAGGACAGCCAAACAUCUGUCAAAGGGCGAGGACCCACUCAUGAAGAUAGCAGUAGCGGAUAUCGUUUCUGUAGCUAAAAUUUCGCAGCAAGGAUCGACUUAUGCAUUCCAGGCAGUCACUCAGUCAGCAAAAUAUCAAUUUAUGACGGAUAGUGAACGAACCACGCACGAAUGGGUAACUACUCUCAAUACGGUAAUAAAAGGAUCAACAAUUCGGGAUUUAGCUACACGUUGUGCACCGGUAGAAGCGUCCAUUAGCGGAUGGAUGACGAAAGUACGAUGUGGACAUUCGAAAAGAGUCUAUGCUUCACUAGUUCGACAAAAGCUAAUGUUUUUCAAAAACUCGGAGGAUACGGUCCCAUGUGGAUUCACUCAACUGAAAGGUGCUCGUAUCAUGGACAAGCAGAAGACAUCAUCUGAUGAAUAUAGCGGUAGUAGUGAUGAGCAAAAUAUCGACAAAAGUCCGCAAAUGCAGAAAAAGGACACCUACAGUCUUAGCAUAGAGAUGGCGAACGAGGAUCCGUUGUAUAUAGUGUUGAGAAGUAGUGAAGAGAAAGAGAAGUGGCUAUACUUCUUGCGAGCGGCUAGUGGCGACGCGACUUUAUGCGGUUCACCUUUCGCCAUUUUGGUGCAGCGAAUGUUGGCUGAAGGCGGAGCACCAGAUUCGCCCCUGUGGAAAGAUCUGCUAUUAACAUCGUGUGAUGACACUCCCAAAGAAACCCUGAUGGACUUUGAAGGACCCGAUAAGAAAAAAGCGCUCGAAAUUGCAAAGGCUACAUACCUCUUCGUAUCAGUGCUAAUGCGUCCGAUUGCUGCUCAAUAUCAUAUUGAUCUCGCACAGAAUAUUUUAUCUACUGCUAUGCAGCAUGAAUUCCUACGCAAUGAAGUGUAUGCACAAUUGAUUAAGCUGACCAGCGGAUCGAUGCCCUUUUCAAUCCAGGGUUGGAAAUUGCUAGCAAUGGCCAUUCCACUUUUCGUACCGACCCAAUAUUCCCUUUUAUGGCUCUUGAAGAAGCAUAUUGCUCGCUGGUGUAUGAAAUCCGGAGAUGAGUCGAAUAUGGCCGAGUAUUGUCAAUGCGCGCUGGAACGAGUUCUUCGAGUCGGUGGACGAGAAGCCGGCCCUAGUCGACUUGAAACGACAUCGGUAUUGACGAGAGAUCCCACAACGACGAAAUUUCCACAUUCCAUAUCAGUUAGGCUACCAAAUGCGCAAUAUCAGGUUGUCGAAUUUGAUGGUUCCACGGAAAUCGGUCAAUGUUUAUCGUCCUUGUGCCUCAAACUUGGCAUCCGGCCAGCUUUGUUAUCCGGCUAUGCUCUGUACAUUGAUGAUCCAACCACAAAAGGAUUGCAGCUGUUGAAGGGAAAACAAAAGCUUUGCGACUGUCUCUAUGAGUGGGAAGUCCGACAACGAGAUGUCCUGCGCGGAAGAAUUUCUGCUGAUUGUACUGCCACCCUAUCCCUUAGGAUGCGACAUUAUUGGAGGCAUUUGAUAUGCAACGAAACAGCUAUGGAAAAAUCAUUCCUUGUUUGGCGAAUGGCCGAAGAAUUAGUGUUAGGCCGGAUUCCUACAAGUCCACAGUUAGCGGAACAACUAGCAGCCUUAUAUGCACAGCUUUCCUACGGCGAUGCACCCGCUCAAAUCACUGAUGAACAAUUCGCUUUCAUUACUAAGCAAUUCUAUCCCGCUAAGAUGCUAGAUGUUGCAUGCUUAAAAUCCCUUAGGUCGUCGCUUCAUUCGAGUUGGAAUGAGCUUUGUGGUAUGAGUGAAGGCGAAGCGAUUAGGGUCAUACUACAGGUCCUCCGUCAAUGGCCCCUAUUUGGUUGUCAUCUACAGGCAGCUGGUAUGAGAACUAGUAACGAACGGAAAGUUUUCUUAGCGCUAUCGGAUACUGCAGUUCAUGUCAUUGACCAUAGACAUUUCGAUGUGAUACGAUCCUUCCCAUACAAUCGCUUAGCGUCUUUUGGUGGUUUUCACAAUGAUUUUAUGCUCACCGCGGAAAGGAUGCUUUUGCCCGAAUCCCAUCCAGAAGAAACUUGUCGAGAAAGAGUUACCUUCAGCAUGGAAAAGCACGAAGUCGAACAGUUGACCCUCCAUCUUGCGGAAUAUAUUCGAUGUCAGAAACUAGUGUGGAAAGUUUCCAAAUAGCUUGCAAUUUUUUCCAUCAUUCUCUCAAAAUCACAUGUGCUCCAUAAAAGAAUUAUGUCAUGACAUAUGCCUUUGAUAUUACGUUUGUGCUUGCCAUUGUGCAUAGUUUCGAUUGCCACCAUAUGUUUUAUCUGUUAAUAAAUAUGUAAGUAUUGUU